AUGGCUCAGCAACUUGCUGGCAUCAAACAAUCCAAGAUGAGCCAACCGCAACAGGUUUCAUCUCAGACAUCUGACCAGAAAGGAUGUGCUGAAGUUGGAUCUUCUGCGCAAAAAGCCAUUGCCAAUUUCCAGACCAACCAGGCCCAGGGGAAGGGACCAGAUUACAUGAAGAUCGGGGGCGUUGCGGAGAAGGCCUGCCCUGCUUACAACCCAAUUGAACACGCCGGUGGUGAAGACAUGAAGGACUUGGAAGAAAUUGCGCGGAACAUUACCGCUGGAUUUUGUGGCUGUUCAAGUAGUAAGGAGGUUGAUGAUGGGACAAAGUUGGAUGAAGCUGAGGGUGUGAUCAGCUCCCAGGUUGAUGAGGGAGGUGAAUAUGAGAGCCAACUUGGGAAAGCAGGGGGAAAGGAUGAGAGUGCUCUACGUGUUACCCAUAAAGAAACAAAACGGGGCGAUUCGCUUGAUAAAGCUAUGAACCAAGAUGCUGUUCAAGAACUGCCGGAGGGAAAGUUUGCGCAAGAGUCAAAUACCAGGAAGAAUCCCCUUGUUAACUCCAGCUCCGAGCGAAGCUCAUUGGACGAAGGCAAGAACGCGCAGGGUUUGACUGGAAGUCAAGGAACGAGAGACGAGACGCUUUCUACUCGAACAGACGAUGGGAAACCUGUCGACGACGGUCAGAGAUCUCGAAUCACGCGCAGGGAGUAG